ACGACACCCACCAAUAGUACACUUGACCCACCCCUCUGACUCUGAGCCGGCUCCCACUUGACCCGACCCAAGUUGAAACAAUCUGAUUUAACAACCGUAACGCAAACACAACGCAAUAAAUAAGGACUCAACCCAUGAGACUGAUUUUGAAAACCACCCUUUUCGCGAUUCCCAGACUCACUACGAGUGCCGCAUUUUCACAAACACCUACCGUUCAUCUUCUUCCUCUUCACGCUCCCCGUCCCGCCAAAACCCUUCUCCUUACCAAAACACCGUCAUUUCGCACUUCUGCAUGCGCACCAAUGUCGACGCAGCACCACGUUCGCGACACAAUCGAACUCACUACCAUCGAGAAGAGCAUCUUCGAUAGGCUUCUCGCCACUCUCCGUCACUUUCAACUCCAAACUCAGCUCCGUAUCGCCGGUGGCUGGGUUCGAGAUAAGCUUUUGGGAAAAGAUUGUUAUGACAUUGAUAUUGCUCUUGAUGAUAUGAUGGGUACUGAGUUUGUGGAAAAAGUCAGAGAUUAUUUGUUGUUCAUUAAGGAAGAUGCGCCAAGUGUUUGUGUUAUUGAGAGCAACCCUGACCAGUCCAAACAUUUGGAAACAGCCAGGAUGCGCUUGUCUGAUAUGUGGAUUGAUUUUGUCAACCUAAGGAGCGAGGAAUACGCCGAGAAUAGCCGCAUUCCUUCUAAGCAAACAUUUGGCACAGCUGAACAGGAUGCAUAUAGGAGGGAUUUAACAAUUAACAGUUUAUUCUAUAAUAUCAACACCGGCGCAGUUGAAGAUUUGACUAACAGAGGAAUCUCAGACCUUAAGUCUGGAAAGAUAGUGACCCCUUUACCCCCAAAGGCCACCUUUCUUGAUGAUCCAUUGCGAGUUCUUCGAGCCAUUCGAUUCGGUGCUAGAUUUGAUUUUACUCUAGAUGAAGAUUUAAAAGGAGCUGCUGCGUGUGAUGAUGUGAAAAAUGCUCUAGCUGCUAAAAUUAGCAGAGAGCGCGUCGGAACAGAGGUUGAUUUAAUGAUGUCUGGAAAUCAACCUGUCAAAGCAAUGACUUAUAUUUGUGAGCUUACACUAUUCUGGACUGUCUUUACUCUUCCUGCUGAGCAUGAACCUGUCAUUUCGGAUGGGUGUGAAAGGCUUUGCAUUUCUUACUUGGAUAAUGCAUCAAACCUUAUCCAUUUACUUGGAGAGUCAACCUUUACAGCUGAACAAAGAAGACUCUCACUCUAUGCUGCUUUGUUUCUUCCACUCAGAAAUACCACUUAUAGUGAGAAGAAGGCUAAGAAGGUUCCUGUUGUCAACCAUAUCAUUCGCGAGUCUCUCAAGCGAAAAACUAAGGAUGCAGAAACGGUUCUUGACUUACACCGUUUGUCGUAUAAAUUCUUGUCGUUGAUUCCUUAUCUCGCAUCUGGUGAGGAUAUUCAAGCUUCAAAUCUUGAUUGGAUGAGAGACUUUGAUGUCCCUGUCUCUUCUAGAGCCCGAGUAAUAACAGGUUUUCUCUUAAGAGAGCUUAAAGAUUUUUGGCGAGUUGCACUGUUGAUAUCCAUUAUAUUACAUCCUAUUGACUCUGAGGAUCAGUUGGGAAAACAAAGAGAUCUGUUUAAUGCCGUGGAGAAUUCUAUAACCAAAUUAGGCCUUGAGAAAGUAUGGGAUGUAAAACCAUUGAUCAAUGGCAAAGAUGUUAUGAAGGUUCUACAGCUUAAAGGAGGGCCGCUUGUUAAGGAGUGGCUGGACAAAACAAUGGCUUGGCAACUUGCCAAUCCAUCCGGAACUGCAGAGAAAUGCAUUGAAUGGUUGGAAGAAGCCAAUUCCAAGCGAGUAAAGUUGGAGUGAGGCACACUGAUGCAAGCAAAAAUAUGGUAAAGAGGACAGUGAAUUUUGCUAGUAAUUUCGACCCACUGAGCAAUGGGGUGCUUCUAUGAAAUGCAAGUAGAGAAAAAUUGAUAAAUUUUCUGAUUAACUUCUCACUGUAACCAACCAUACGGUAAGUAGAGAGCCACUAACUAGUAACUAGGGAAAAAUAACAUUGUAUUAAAAAAAGAAAAAAGAAAAAGGAACUGCUUCUGUCACCAUUUUGACUUUGUUGCGAGUUUCUUAUCCCA